GGAACGGCAACGGAAAGCGAAUGUCAAAUGAAAUUUUAGCUGCAUGCAAAUCAAUCGGAUAGCUCGCAAUGAUGACGGCGCGGGAAAAGCGGCUUAGUACUAGAAGUACUAAACCGCGUUUGGUUUUCAAAAAUAUCAAAAAUAGCGGUAGUGGAAAUCAUUUGAAGUUGUGAAAAUGAAGCUAUCAGACGAUGAACAGAUUUUAAUUUCACAGAAUUUCAAUAACAAAUUGAUAAACUGUAUCAAAAAGUGUCCAGUUAUUUUUGCGAAAUCGGAAAAACUGUUUCGAAACAAUAUCAAAAAAGAUGCGGCAUGGCGAAAAGUUGCUGAGGAAAUGCAAAUGUCUGAGAAAAAGGUGAAAAAUAAAUGGAAGAAUCUACGCGAUAGAUUUGUAAAAGAGAAUCGGGAAGUCACCCGCACGUCCAAUUCUGGUGCUGGACAGGACGAUGUGUAUGUUUCAAAUUGGCCACUAUAUAGCGAACUACUUUUCCUCGCAAAUCAUUGCAAAAGCCGACCACUACCGGUAGUUAUGGCUUUUCUGAGCAAAGUUCUUCAAAUACACAUCCGGAACAAUAUAUGAAUGAGUAUGCCGAAAACGAGACUGGACCACCCCUUAUCCAGACGUGGUACUUGAGGAAGUUGUACUUGACGAGACAGUGUUGGACGAUUCUCCGAAGACGACAGGUAGGAAGAAAAGGAAGACGAAUAUUGACGGCAGGAUCCAUACCAUUCUGGACGAGGUGCAGAACAUGGUUACUGUUCCUGACAGAAAUAAUUGUAAACGGCACACUUCAUUUGGCCGAAA